GCAUUUAAACAGAAGUAUGUCGGAAUGACUAUAAAUAGUUAUUUUGUAUACAUAUAAACACAAAAAUGACGUAUUUCCUUGGAUAUCCUGUGUUAUUAUUAUUUCCGUUUGCUGAAAACUAUAACAAUGAUCGGGGUUUCGGCAAUUGACACCGAAAAUGACGAGUUAGUAAAAGAUCUAGUGGAGAAAUGAAUAUAUUCUACCGGCUGCAUAUAAAAGUAGAGGAGUUUUUCGGAGGUUUAUUUGAAAAGCAUGGACGUUUUGUUGCCAGACAUCCAUGGACGGUUAUCAUAUGCGUGGCUUUAAUAGAUAUAGGACUAGGUUUCGGUCUUCUCAAGAUUAAGACGGAUAACAGUAUAGAACAGUAUGCCCCGAAAGACAGCACAGCGAGUAAACAUAGGGAAGAGGUGUACAGCAUGUUCCCAAAUGUUGACACAGCAAACAACUUUUACCAACAUAGUUUAAUAUCCUACAGCCAGUAUGCUAUAGUUAUUGCUCAAAGAAAAGAUGGCAGCAACAUUGUUGAUUUAUCCAGUUUAAGUGAUGUAGAGUCUCUAUACAAUUACAGCGUAUCCAUUUCUAUAAAUUCAAGUGGAUCCACGUAUAAGUACAAUGAUGUAUGCGCCCGACGAUUUUCAUCGUGUGUGAUAGAUGGCAAUUACAUUUUCAGUAGUGAUUUUAAGAAUGACCUUUCUACCGGAAACAUAUCAUAUCCUUCAUAUACAACUUCCGGUCAGACGUUUAACAUUAGAGACACUUUUGGAAAAUCUGUAGCUAGUGGCGGUUUUCUUGAAUCUGCAGCUGCAAUCAGGCUUACAUUCUCUGUGGCUGGAAACAGUAUAUCUGAUGACUGGCAAGAUGCAUUUAUAAAUAAAAUGAAGUCCUAUUCUAGUAAUACUCUAAACAUAGAUUUUGCUCACGGAAGUAGUCUUGAUGAAGAACUGAAUGCUAACAUAUCUGGUGAUAUAACCCUUUUUAUAGUGACCUUCAGCUUGAUGAUCACAUUUUCUGGAUUAGUAUUAUUUGGUGGAAAUUCGGUAUCAAACAGAUGGUUUCUAGGCACAGCAGGGGUUGUUUCAACAGCUCUUGCAAUUGUUGCAGCGUUAGGAUUUGUCUGUCUUUGUGGAGUAUUGUUUGCCAGUAUUGUUGGGACAAUGCCGUUUUUAGUCAUAGGGAUCGGUGUCGACGAUAUGUUCAUUCUAUUGUCUGGUUUAGCACAGACUUCAAACAUUGAUGAUAUUGAAACACGUAUUGGUAAGACCAUGCGCACUAGCGGUAUUGCUGUAACUAUCACAUCACUUACUGACGUCAUCGCUUUCUGUGCAGGUGCUUCGUCACUUUUUCCAGCAGUAAAACAUUUCUCCUUAUAUACAGGAACCGCCAUUUUGUUUUGUUAUUUGAACUAUAUGACGUUUUUCGUUAGCUGUAUGACUUUAAAUGAGAAACGAGUUUCACAGAAUAGACAUUUCUUUACAUGUCGACGAGUUAAAACUAAAAAUACCAUGAUGAGAGAGGAAAAGUCAAAGGCUUUAAUUCUAUGCUGUUCUGGAUCACCAUCAAAACAUCGAGAUGAAGUUGAAGGUCCGCUUGAGAAGUAUCCAAAAAAGCUUCUGAAGAUAAUUUUGCGUUUUACUCCUUCAAAAAUUAUAAUUUUACUUCUAUUUGCUGGAUUUGUAGGCAUAUCAAUAUUUGGAGCAGUCCAUUUCAAAGAAGGGUUAGAUUUGAAAGAUUUAGUGUCAUCAGACUCUUACUUCUACAGUUUCCAGGAAUCUUUGACAGCAUUUUAUGAUCAAGGUAUAACUAUCGGCUUGUAUGUAAAGUCAGAUGUUGAUUACAGAUCAAGUGAGACACUGGAUGCUAUAAAUAGUUUACGAGAUAAUCUUCAGAAAGAUCCCGAUAUAAGCGACACAUUUUUCAUUUCAUGGUUACAUGCCUAUAUAAGUUCAACUCACUUCGAUAAUUCAUCGAAUUCGAAUUUCGUCGCCGGGCUACAGGCUUUUUCAGCAACGACAGAAGGAAAUAUGUAUCUCAACGAUGUUUCUUUUGACGAUGGGAAUAUAUCCGCUUCUCGAUUUCAUAUUUUAACUGAAAGUAUUGUAUCGUCCGGUGGUCAAGGUGACAUGAUGUUACGGGUACGAGAUAUCGCAGGUAAUUCACCGUUACCGGUUUUCCCCUACGCGGGAACAUUUAUUUACAUGGAAGGAUUUGUAGCUAUAUACUCUCAAACAUUACAAACUAUUGGUAUUUGCGUAGCUGCAGUUUUCGUCGUCACCUCCGUAUUCCUUCCACUACCGGUGAUGAUUCUUUUCAUUACAAUAACUGUUAUACUAAUUAUGGUAUCGAUUUUAGGCUUUAUGCAUUUUUGGGGACUGACUCUCAGUUCUGUAACAAUGAUUCACAUUAUAAUGUGUAUUGGAUUUUGUGUAGACUUUGCUACCCAUAUUUGUCACGCAUUUGCACAGGCAGAAAGCACAAAUCGAGACGACCGCGUAGGCAUGGCCUUAGACACAGCUGGAGGUCCAAUUUUGAAUGGUGCUCUUUCAACAGUUAUUGGGGUGAUAAUGCUUGCCCCGUCUAAGUCGUUCAUCUUUUUCUCUUUUUUUAAGGUCAUGUUCAUGGUUAUGUCGUUUGGUCUGAUUUAUUCAAUUUUUCUUCUGCCAGUUUUACUUUCCUUUUUCGGACCAAAAUAUGUAACAAAACGGUCUGCCAUAAAGGACGAGAGGUCAGUGGAUACUGAGAUUGGAAUGUUAAGAAAUUCAAAAUGUUCAAAUGGGAACGAACAUACAAAAGAUACAGUUAUAACGAAGAAAGAAUCAGAAAUAAACAUAAGUCAAGGGGACAAUACAGAAAAGGCUUCUAGGACCAAGAAAAAGAAGAAAAAGAAAAAAAAGAAGAAAAGAAGAAAACACGAGGAAGAUCAAACCGAAGAGGAAGAAGGAAGGAAUGAAAGCAGUCGGAGAACAACAAUAGACUUGCCACCUUUAAAAUUACACACGAAAAAUGAAAUAUCUCAUGCAAAUAGAUCAUUCACAAAUGAUGAACCUGUAGUCUGAUAUUCAAAGUAUUCUAGCCGUCAAGAUCCUUUCGAGCGUACUACAGUUUUGAAAUGCACAGUUUAAGACGAUAUAAAGAUUUAGAUUUUGUAUAAAAUCUUUUUUUGUUGUUGAA